AUGCUAUGGCGGCGAAAAAUUUCUUUGCACUCCGCCUUCCGCACCUCCUCCCUCGCCGCCACCGCCGUCGCUGCCGCCGUCGCCAUUGCCCUCACCACCACCGCCCUCUCCGCCUCCCUCGCCGCCGCCGCCGUCCCCGCCGCCGCCGUCCCCACCGCCCUCGCCGCCGCCCUUCCCGCCACCCUCACCGCCGCCUCCGCGCCCACCGCCAUCACCGCCGCCCUCACCGCCGCCACCCUUGCCGCCGCCACCGAGUCCUCCCCCGCCGGCGCCGCCGCCACCAUCUCCACCGCCAUCGCCUCCUCCGCCAAGCCCGCCACCCUCACCACCACCGUCGCCGCCACCACCUUCACCACCACCGUCGCCGCCACCACCCCCGCCUCCUUCCCCGCCGCCGCCGCCGCCGCCGCCCUCACCGCCCCCGCCGUCACCCCCGCCGCCGCCACCGCCCUCGCCGCCGCGGCCCUCACCGCCGCCACCUCCCCCACCCUCGCCACCACCAUUACCACCACGACCCCGCCGCCGCCGUCCGUGUCAGCCUUCAACUGCACGACGCACCCGAACCCAAUGCAAGUCGUCAAGCAAGCCGGCUUCUAUAAGCUCGUUGAGCUGGACAUCCCGACUGGUGUGUACUCGGAUGUCCACACAGUCCAACUCGACACCGCCGUGGACGCGGGUGGUGCGCAUCCAAGCUACGCAAACGCCUUCGCCAUCAACCCGACCGACGACAUCGCGUACGGCAAGUUCACUGAUGGCAAUACUCAGGACUUCUUCUGCCGCUUCGCCGCCGACCAGAUAGCCGAGCCUAUGGAGUGCCUCUGCGCCCUGUCGGCCGCGGGGAAGGGGGGCGCUACAGGCUCCGGGGAACUCAACUCGGCGACGAUCGUUAACGACAUCUACUACGUGGGGAUGGGCACGAAGAACCUGCGGACGAUCCCGAGCGUGAGUACCUGCUUUGCGAACACCAGCUGCUUUGCGCCGGGCGUGCCGUCACCUUUCACUCAGUGCCCCGGAGCUUGGAUCUUCGGAAACCGGGCCGACGGCUUCGGAGGCAGCCUCGACAUCGCACUCGAUACCAUCGAUUUUGACGUCAGCGCACUCGACCUGAACAUCGCCUCGCUCACCGCCCAGUUUGGCUGGAACGAGCUGGACUACUCCACCAACUCGCGCUACUUGAGGAACAACUUGUACACGUACGACUCGGCCACGGACAGCGUCUCCACCUUUCGGCCGUGCUGCGGCAACGGCAACAUGUACCUUGACAUCAACCCGUACACUUUCGGGGGCACGACGUAUCUGAUCGGCCUGGCCACAGAGGACGGCAAUGCCCUCAUCGUCAAGCUCAGCCCGUCGGGCACCUCGGUCGACGGCUACGCGUACGCGCGCUCUCGCUUCGAGUGGAACGGCGCCAACUACAAGGCCAACGCGAGCAACGACAACUCACGGGGCUUCAAGGGCUUCGGUGCGGCAUUUCAGUACGGCGACGACAUGUACUACGCCGCCAACGGCGGGACGGGCGUCUUCAAGAUGAACCGGCCCGUGCUGGAGGAGAUGCUUGUCGCAUGUGACUUCACGGCUGGUCACCAGUGCGGCAUCACCAACGGGGACAUGCUCACGCUCCAGCGCGUCGCCGCCUCCGCUGGCACCAACAGCAGCGAUGGGCUGAACUGCGUAAAUGUGGUGGACCCAUUGCCGGAACUCCCGCCUGCUCCACCAACCACGCCACCGCCGCCGUCGCCGCCGCCCGCGCCGCCAUCUCCGCCGGCGUGCGUGGUCAAGCUCGAGCUGGUGCUUGUGCUGGACAAGAGCGGGUCGGUGCGGGCGGAGCAGUCGUCGCUGCUCGCCUUCGCGCGCGAGAUGGUGUCCCAGUUCCGCCUCGACGCGACCGAGGGCGCCCGAGUCGGCGUCGUCGAGUUCUCGAGCGACGCGGCGACGCUCACGCCGCUGACCGGCUCUCUGAGCGACGUGCUGACCGCGAUCGACGGCGCGUCUGCGGCGGGCGGCGGCACGUCCGUGUCGGACGGCCUCGAGCUCGGGCGAGCCGAGGUGAACCGGGGCGCGCGCGCCGACGUGCCUCGCACGAUCCUGCUGCUGACGGACGGCGUGCAGACGGUGGACGGCAACGACGACACGGCCAUCGCGAAGGCGGCGGCGGUGAAGCAGGAGGGCGUCUCGAUCGUCGCGGUCGGGUUUGGCGGCGCGAACGAGCAGACGAUGCGCGCGAUCGCGUCGGCGCCCAGCUCCGACUUCGCCUUCUUCGGCGCGUCGAUGGACGAGGUGCGGCAGCACUUUGCGUCGGACCGGCUCUGCGAGCUGGCCGCGUCCCCGAAGGCGCCGCCGCCGCCUCCGUCGACGCCCGCGCCGCCGGGGCUGCCGCCCUCGCCGCCGUCGCCGUCGCCCGCGCCGCCGUCUCCGCCGGCGUGCGUGGUCAAGCUCGAGCUGGUGCUUGUGCUGGACAAGAGCGGGUCGGUGCGGGCGGAGCAGUCGUCGCUGCUCGCCUUCGCGCGCGAGAUGGUGUCCCAGUUCCGCCUCGACGCGACCGAGGGCGCCCGAGUCGGCGUCGUCGAGUUCUCGAGCGACGCGGCGACGCUCACGCCGCUGACCGGCUCUCUGAGCGACGUGCUGGCCGCGAUCGACGGCGCGUCUGCGGCGGGCGGCGGCACGUCCGUGUCGGACGGCCUCGAGCUCGGGCGAGCCGAGGUGAACCGGGGCGCGCGCGCCGACGUGCCUCGCACGAUCCUGCUGCUGACGGACGGCGUGCAGACGGUGGACGGCAACGACGACACGGCCAUCGCGAAGGCGGCGGCGGUGAAGCAGGACGGCGUCUCGAUCGUCGCGGUCGGGUUUGGCGGCGCGAACGAGCAGACGAUGCGCGCGAUCGCGUCGGCGCCCAGCUCCGACUUCGCCUUCUUCGGCGCGUCGAUGGACGAGGUGCGGCAGCACUUUGCGUCGGACCGGCUCUGCGAGCUGGCCGCGUCCCCGAAGGCGCCGCCGCCGCCUCCGUCGACGCCCGCGCCGCCGGGGCUGCCUCCCUCGCCGCCGUCGCCGUCGCCCGCGCCGCCGUCUCCGCCGGCGUGCGUGGUCAAGCUCGAGCUGGUGCUUGUGCUGGACAAGAGCGGGUCGGUGCGGGCGGAGCAGUCGUCGCUGCUCGCCUUCGCGCGCGAGAUGGUGUCCCAGUUCCGCCUCGACGCGACCGAGGGCGCCCGAGUCGGCGUCGUCGAGUUCUCGAGCGACGCGGCGACGCUCACGCCGCUGACCGGCUCUCUGAGCGACGUGCUGACCGCGAUCGACGGCGCGUCUGCGGCGGGCGGCGGCACGUCCGUGUCGGACGGCCUGGAGCUCGGGCGAGCCGAGGUGAGCCGGGGCGCACGCGCCGACGUGCCUCGCACGAUCCUGCUGCUGACGGACGGCGUGCAGACGGUGGACGGCAACGACGACACGGCCAUCGCGAAGGCGGCGGCGGUGAAGCAGGACGGCAUCUCGAUCGUCGCGGUCGGGUUUGGCGGCGCGAACGAGCAGACGAUGCGCGCGAUCGCGUCGGCGCCCAGCUCCGACUUCGCCUUCUUCGGCGCGUCGAUGGACGAGGUGCGGCAGCACUUUGCGUCGGACCGGCUCUGCGAGCUGGCCGCGUCCCCGAAGGCGCCGCCGCCGCCUCCGUCGACGCCCGCGCCGCCGGGGCUGCCGCCGUCGCCGCCGUCGCCGCCGCCCGCGCCGCCGUCUCCGCCGGCGUGCGUGGUCAAGCUCGAGCUGGUGCUUGUGCUGGACAAGAGCGGGUCGGUGCGGGCGGAGCAGUCGUCGCUGCUCGCCUUCGCGCGCGAGAUGGUGUCCCAGUUCCGCCUCGACGCGACCGAGGGCGCCCGAGUCGGCGUCGUCGAGUUCUCGAGCGACGCGGCGACGCUCACGCCGCUGACCGGCUCUCUGAGCGACGUGCUGACCGCGAUCGACGGCGCGUCUGCGGCGGGCGGCGGCACGUCCGUGUCGGACGGCCUCGAGCUCGGGCGAGCCGAGGUGAACCGGGGCGCGCGCGCCGACGUGCCUCGCACGAUCCUGCUGCUGACGGACGGCGUGCAGACGGUGGACGGCAACGACGACACGGCCAUCGCGAAGGCGGCGGCGGUGAAGCAGGACGGCGUCUCGAUCGUCGCGGUCGGGUUUGGCGGCGCGAACGAGCAGACGAUGCGCGCGAUCGCGUCGGCGCCCAGCUCCGACUUCGCCUUCUUCGGCGCGUCGAUGGACGAGGUGCGGCAGCACUUUGCGUCGGACCGGCUCUGCGAGCUGGCCGCGUCCCCGAAGGCGCCGCCGCCGCCUCCGUCGACGCCCGCGCCGCCAGGGCUGCCGCCCUCGCCGCCGUCGCCGUCGCCCGCGCCGCCGUCUCCGCCGGCGUGCGUGGUCAAGCUCGAGCUGGUGCUUGUGCUGGACAAGAGCGGGUCGGUGCGGGCGGAGCAGUCGUCGCUGCUCGCCUUCGCGCGCGAGAUGGUGUCCCAGUUCCGCCUCGACGCGACCGAGGGCGCCCGAGUCGGCGUCGUCGAGUUCUCGAGCGACGCGGCGACGCUCACGCCGCUGACCGGCUCUCUGAGCGACGUGCUGACCGCGAUCGACGGCGCGUCUGCGGCGGGCGGCGGCACGUCCGUGUCGGACGGCCUGGAGCUCGGGCGAGCCGAGGUGAGCCGGGGCGCGCGCGCCGACGUGCCUCGCACGAUCCUGCUGCUGACGGACGGCGUGCAGACGGUGGACGGCAACGACGACACGGCCAUCGCGAAGGCGGCGGCGGUGAAGCAGGAGGGCGUCUCGAUCGUCGCGGUCGGGUUUGGCGGCGCGAACGAGCAGACGAUGCGCGCGAUCGCGUCGGCGCCCAGCUCCGACUUCGCCUUCUUCGGCGCGUCGAUGGACGAGGUGCGGCAGCACUUUGCGUCGGACCGGCUCUGCGAGCUGGCCGCGUCCCCGAAGGCGCCGCCGCCGCCUCCGUCGACGCCCGCGCCGCCAGGGCUGCCGCCGUCGCCGCCGUCGCCGUCGCCCGCGCCGCCGUCUCCGCCGGCGUGCGUGGUCAAGCUCGAGCUGGUGCUUGUGCUGGACAAGAGCGGGUCGGUGCGGGCGGAGCAGUCGUCGCUGCUCGCCUUCGCGCGCGAGAUGGUGUCCCAGUUCCGCCUCGACGCGACCGAGGGCGCCCGAGUCGGCGUCGUCGAGUUCUCGAGCGACGCGGCGACGCUCACGCCGCUGACCGGCUCUCUGAGCGACGUGCUGACCGCGAUCGACGGCGCGUCUGCGGCGGGCGGCGGCACGUCCGUGUCGGACGGCCUCGAGCUCGGGCGAGCCGAGGUGAACCGGGGCGCGCGCGCCGACGUGCCUCGCACGAUCCUGCUGCUGACGGACGGCGUGCAGACGGUGGACGGCAACGACGACACGGCCAUCGCGAAGGCGGCGGCGGUGAAGCAGGACGGCGUCUCGAUCGUCGCGGUCGGGUUUGGCGGCGCGAACGAGCAGACGAUGCGCGCGAUCGCGUCGGCGCCCAGCUCCGACUUCGCCUUCUUCGGCGCGUCGAUGGACGAGGUGCGGCAGCACUUUGCGUCGGACCGGCUCUGCGAGCUGGCCGCGUCCCCGAAGGCGCCGCCGCCGCCUCCGUCGACGCCCGCGCCGCCGGGGCUGCCGCCGUCGCCGCCGUCGCCGUCGCCCGCGCCGCCGUCUCCGCCGGCGUGCGUGGUCAAGCUCGAGCUGGUGCUUGUGCUGGACAAGAGCGGGUCGGUGCGGGCGGAGCAGUCGUCGCUGCUCGCCUUCGCGCGCGAGAUGGUGUCCCAGUUCCGCCUCGACGCGACCGAGGGCGCCCGAGUCGGCGUCGUCGAGUUCUCGAGCGACGCGGCGACGCUCACGCCGCUGACCGGCUCUCUGAGCGACGUGCUGACCGCGAUCGACGGCGCGUCUGCGGCGGGCGGCGGCACGUCCGUGUCGGACGGCCUCGAGCUCGGGCGAGCCGAGGUGAGCCGGGGCGCGCGCGCCGACGUGCCUCGCACGAUCCUGCUGCUGACGGACGGCGUGCAGACGGUGGACGGCAACGACGACACGGCCAUCGCGAAGGCGGCGGCGGUGAAGCAGGAGGGCGUCUCGAUCGUCGCGGUCGGGUUUGGCGGCGCGAACGAGCAGACGAUGCGCGCGAUCGCGUCGGCGCCCAGCUCCGACUUCGCCUUCUUCGGCGCGUCGAUGGACGAGGUGCGGCAGCACUUUGCGUCGGACCGGCUCUGCGAGCUGGCCGCGUCCCCGAAGGCGCCGCCGCCGCCUCCGUCGACGCCCGCGCCGCCGGGGCUGCCGCCCUCGCCGCCGUCGCCGUCGCCCGCGCCGCCGUCUCCGCCGGCGUGCGUGGUCAAGCUCGAGCUGGUGCUUGUGCUGGACAAGAGCGGGUCGGUGCGGGCGGAGCAGUCGUCGCUGCUCGCCUUCGCGCGCGAGAUGGUGUCCCAGUUCCGCCUCGACGCGACCGAGGGCGCCCGAGUCGGCGUCGUCGAGUUCUCGAGCGACGCGGCGACGCUCACGCCGCUGACCGGCUCUCUGAGCGACGUGCUGACCGCGAUCGACGGCGCGUCUGCGGCGGGCGGCGGCACGUCCGUGUCGGACGGCCUCGAGCUCGGGCGAGCCGAGGUGAACCGGGGCGCGCGCGCCGACGUGCCUCGCACGAUCCUGCUGCUGACGGACGGCGUGCAGACGGUGGACGGCAACGACGACACGGCCAUCGCGAAGGCGGCGGCGGUGAAGCAGGACGGCGUCUCGAUCGUCGCGGUCGGGUUUGGCGGCGCGAACGAGCAGACGAUGCGCGCGAUCGCGUCGGCGCCCAGCUCCGACUUCGCCUUCUUCGGCGCGUCGAUGGACGAGGUGCGGCAGCACUUUGCGUCGGACCGGCUCUGCGAGCUGGCCGCGUCCCCGAAGGCGCCGCCGCCGCCUCCGUCGACGCCCGCGCCGCCGGGGCUGCCUCCCUCGCCGCCGUCGCCGUCGCCCGCGCCGCCGUCUCCGCCGGCGUGCGUGGUCAAGCUCGAGCUGGUGCUUGUGCUGGACAAGAGCGGGUCGGUGCGGGCGGAGCAGUCGUCGCUGCUCGCCUUCGCGCGCGAGAUGGUGUCCCAGUUCCGCCUCGACGCGACCGAGGGCGCCCGAGUCGGCGUCGUCGAGUUCUCGAGCGACGCGGCGACGCUCACGCCGCUGACCGGCUCUCUGAGCGACGUGCUGACCGCGAUCGACGGCGCGUCUGCGGCGGGCGGCGGCACGUCCGUGUCGGACGGCCUCGAGCUCGGGCGAGCCGAGGUGAACCGGGGCGCGCGCGCCGACGUGCCUCGCACGAUCCUGCUGCUGACGGACGGCGUGCAGACGGUGGACGGCAACGACGACACGGCCAUCGCGAAGGCGGCGGUGGUGAAGCAGGACGGCGUCUCGAUCGUCGCGGUCGGGUUUGGCGGCGCGAACGAGCAGACGAUGCGCGCGAUCGCGUCGGCGCCCAGCUCCGACUUCGCCUUCUUCGGCGCGUCGAUGGACGAGGUGCGGCAGCACUUUGCGUCGGACCGGCUCUGCGAGCUGGCCGCGUCCCCGAAGGCGCCGCCGCCGCCUCCGUCGACGCCCGCGCCGCCAGGGCUGCCGCCCUCGCCGCCGUCGCCGUCGCCCGCGCCGCCGUCUCCGCCGGCGUGCGUGGUCAAGCUCGAGCUGGUGCUUGUGCUGGACAAGAGCGGGUCGGUGCGGGCGGAGCAGUCGUCGCUGCUCGCCUUCGCGCGCGAGAUGGUGUCCCAGUUCCGCCUCGACGCGACCGAGGGCGCCCGAGUCGGCGUCGUCGAGUUCUCGAGCGACGCGGCGACGCUCACGCCGCUGACCGGCUCUCUGAGCGACGUGCUGACCGCGAUCGACGGCGCGUCUGCGGCGGGCGGCGGCACGUCCGUGUCGGACGGCCUCGAGCUCGGGCGAGCCGAGGUGAACCGGGGCGCGCGCGCCGACGUGCCUCGCACGAUCCUGCUGCUGACGGACGGCGUGCAGACGGUGGACGGCAACGACGACACGGCCAUCGCGAAGGCGGCGGCGGUGAAGCAGGACGGCGUCUCGAUCGUCGCGGUCGGGUUUGGCGGCGCGAACGAGCAGACGAUGCGCGCGAUCGCGUCGGCGCCCAGCUCCGACUUCGCCUUCUUCGGCGCGUCGAUGGACGAGGUGCGGCAGCACUUUGCGUCGGACCGGCUCUGCGAGCUGGCCGCGUCCCCGAAGGCGCCGCCGCCGCCUCCGUCGACGCCCGCGCCGCCGGGGCUGCCUCCCUCGCCGCCGUCGCCGUCGCCCGCGCCGCCGUCUCCGCCGGCGUGCGUGGUCAAGCUCGAGCUGGUGCUUGUGCUGGACAAGAGCGGGUCGGUGCGGGCGGAGCAGUCGUCGCUGCUCGCCUUCGCGCGCGAGAUGGUGUCCCAGUUCCGCCUCGACGCGACCGAGGGCGCCCGAGUCGGCGUCGUCGAGUUCUCGAGCGACGCGGCGACGCUCACGCCGCUGAUCGGCUCUCUGAGCGACGUGCUGACCGCGAUCGACGGCGCGUCUGCGGCGGGCGGCGGCACGUCCGUGUCGGACGGCCUCGAGCUCGGGCGAGCCGAGGUGAACCGGGGCGCGCGCGCCGACGUGCCUCGCACGAUCCUGCUGCUGACGGACGGCGUGCAGACGGUGGACGGCAACGACGACACGGCCAUCGCGAAGGCGGCGGCGGUGAAGCAGGACGGCGUCUCGAUCGUCGCGGUCGGGUUUGGCGGCGCGAACGAGCAGACGAUGCGCGCGAUCGCGUCGGCGCCCAGCUCCGACUUCGCCUUCUUCGGCGCGUCGAUGGACGAGGUGCGGCAGCACUUUGCGUCGGACCGGCUCUGCGAGCUGGCCGCGUCCCCGAAGGCGCCGCCGCCGCCUCCGUCGACGCCCGCGCCGCCGGGGCUGCCGCCCUCGCCGCCGUCGCCGUCGCCCGCGCCGCCGUCUCCGCCGGCGUGCGUGGUCAAGCUCGAGCUGGUGCUUGUGCUGGACAAGAGCGGGUCGGUGCGGGCGGAGCAGUCGUCGCUGCUCGCCUUCGCGCGCGAGAUGGUGUCCCAGUUCCGCCUCGACGCGACCGAGGGCGCCCGAGUCGGCGUCGUCGAGUUCUCGAGCGACGCGGCGACGCUCACGCCGCUGACCGGCUCUCUGAGCGACGUGCUGACCGCGAUCGACGGCGCGUCUGCGUCGGGCGGCGGCACGUCCGUGUCGGACGGCCUCGAGCUCGGGCGAGCCGAGGUGAACCGGGGCGCGCGCGCCGACGUGCCUCGCACGAUCCUGCUGCUGACGGACGGCGUGCAGACGGUGGACGGCAACGACGACACGGCCAUCGCGAAGGCGGCGGCGGUGAAGCAGGAGGGCGUCUCGAUCGUCGCGGUCGGGUUUGGCGGCGCGAACGAGCAGACGAUGCGCGCGAUCGCGUCGGCGCCCAGCUCCGACUUCGCCUUCUUCGGCGCGUCGAUGGACGAGGUGCGGCAGCACUUUGCGUCGGACCGGCUCUGCGAGCUGGCCGCGUCCCCGAAGGCGCCGCCGCCGCCUCCGUCGACGCCCGCGCCGCCGGGGCUGCCGCCCUCGCCGCCGUCGCCGUCGCCCGCGCCGCCGUCUCCGCCGGCGUGCGUGGUCAAGCUCGAGCUGGUGCUUGUGCUGGACAAGAGCGGGUCGGUGCGGGCGGAGCAGUCGUCGCUGCUCGCCUUCGCGCGCGAGAUGGUGUCCCAGUUCCGCCUCGACGCGACCGAGGGCGCCCGAGUCGGCGUCGUCGAGUUCUCGAGCGACGCGGCGACGCUCACGCCGCUGACCGGCUCUCUGAGCGACGUGCUGACCGCGAUCGACGGCGCGUCUGCGGCGGGCGGCGGCACGUCCGUGUCGGACGGCCUCGAGCUCGGGCGAGCCGAGGUGAACCGGGGCGCGCGCGCCGACGUGCCUCGCACGAUCCUGCUGCUGACGGACGGCGUGCAGACGGUGGACGGCAACGACGACACGGCCAUCGCGAAGGCGGCGGCGGUGAAGCAGGACGGCGUCUCGAUCGUCGCGGUCGGGUUUGGCGGCGCGAACGAGCAGACGAUGCGCGCGAUCGCGUCGGCGCCCAGCUCCGACUUCGCCUUCUUCGGCGCGUCGAUGGACGAGGUGCGGCAGCACUUUGCGUCGGACCGGCUCUGCGAGCUGGCCGCGUCCCCGAAGGCGCCGCCGCCGCCUCCGUCGACGCCCGCGCCGCCGGGGCUGCCGCCCUCGCCGCCGUCGCCGUCGCCCGCGCCGCCGUCUCCGCCGGCGUGCGUGGUCAAGCUCGAGCUGGUGCUUGUGUUGGACAAGAGCGGGUCGGUGCGGGCGGAGCAGUCGUCGCUGCUCGCCUUCGCGCGCGAGAUGGUGUCCCAGUUCCGCCUCGACGCGACCGAGGGCGCCCGAGUCGGCGUCGUCGAGUUCUCGAGCGACGCGGCGACGCUCACGCCGCUGACCGGCUCUCUGAGCGACGUGCUGACCGCGAUCGACGGCGCGUCUGCGGCGGGCGGCGGCACGUCCGUGUCGGACGGCCUCGAGCUCGGGCGAGCCGAGGUGAACCGGGGCGCGCGCGCCGACGUGCCUCGCACGAUCCUGCUGCUGACGGACGGCGUGCAGACGGUGGACGGCAACGACGACACGGCCAUCGCGAAGGCGGCGGCGGUGAAGCAGGACGGCGUCUCGAUCGUCGCGGUCGGGUUUGGCGGCGCGAACGAGCAGACGAUGCGCGCGAUCGCGUCGGCGCCCAGCUCCGACUUCGCCUUCUUCGGCGCGUCGAUGGACGAGGUGCGGCAGCACUUUGCGUCGGACCGGCUCUGCGAGCUGGCCGCGUCCCCGAAGGCGCCGCCGCCGCCUCCGUCGACGCCCGCGCCGCCGGGGCUGCCGCCCUCGCCGCCGUCGCCGUCGCCCGCGCCGCCGUCUCCGCCGGCGUGCGAGGUCAAGCUCGAGCUGGUGCUUGUGCUGGACAAGAGCGGGUCGGUGCGGGCGGAGCAGUCGUCGCUGCUCGCCUUCGCGCGCGAGAUGGUGUCCCAGUUCCGCCUCGACGCGACCGAGGGCGCCCGAGUCGGCGUCGUCGAGUUCUCGAGCGACGCGGCGACGCUCACGCCGCUGACCGGCUCUCUGAGCGACGUGCUGACCGCGAUCGACGGCGCGUCUGCGGCGGGCGGCGGCACGUCCGUGUCGGACGGCCUCGAGCUCGGGCGAGCCGAGGUGAACCGGGGCGCGCGCGCCGACGUGCCUCGCACGAUCCUGCUGCUGACGGACGGCGUGCAGACGGUGGACGGCAACGACGACACGGCCAUCGCGAAGGCGGCGGCGGUGAAGCAGGACGGCGUCUCGAUCGUCGCGGUCGGGUUUGGCGGUGCGAACGAGCAGACGAUGCGCGCGAUCGCGUCGGCGCCCAGCUCCGACUUCGCCUUCUUCGGCGCGUCGAUGGACGAGGUGCGGCAGCACUUUGCGUCGGACCGGCUCUGCGAGCUGGCCGCGUCCCCGAAGGCGCCACCGCCGCCUCCGUCGACGCCCGCGCCGCCAGGGCUGCCGCCGUCGCCGCCGUCGCCGUCGCCCGCGCCGCCGUCUCCGCCGGCAUGCGAGGUCAAGCUCGAGCUGGUGCUUGUGCUGGACAAGAGCGGGUCGGUGCGGGCGGAGCAGUCGUCGCUGCUCGCCUUCGCGCGCGAGAUGGUGUCCCAGUUCCGCCUCGACGCGACCGAGGGCGCCCGAGUCGGCGUCGUCGAGUUCUCGAGCGACGCGGCGACGCUCACGCCGCUGACCGGCUCUCUGAGCGACGUGCUGACCGCGAUCGACGGCGCGUCUGCGGCGGGCGGCGGCACGUCCGUGUCGGACGGCCUCGAGCUCGGGCGAGCCGAGGUGAACCGGGGCGCGCGCGCCGACGUGCCUCGCACGAUCCUGCUGCUGACGGACGGCGUGCAGACGGUGGACGGCAACGACGACACGGCCAUCGCGAAGGCGGCGGCGGUGAAGCAGGACGGCGUCUCGAUCGUCGCGGUCGGGUUUGGCGGCGCGAACGAGCAGACGAUGCGCGCGAUCGCGUCGGCGCCCAGCUCCGACUUUGCCUUUUUCGGCGCGUCGAUGGACGAGGUGCGGCAGCACUUUGCGUCGGACCGGCUCUGCGAGCUGGCCGCGUCCCCGAAGGCGCCGCCGCCGCCUCCGUCGACGCCCGCGCCGCCGGGGCUGCCGCCCUCGCCGCCGUCGCCGUCGCCCGCGCCGCCGUCUCCGCCGGCGUGCGUGGUCAAGCUCGAGCUGGUGCUUGUGCUGGACAAGAGCGGGUCGGUGCGGGCGGAGCAGUCGUCGCUGCUCGCCUUCGCGCGCGAGAUGGUGUCCCAGUUCCGCCUCGACGCGACCGAGGGCGCCCGAGUCGGCGUCGUCGAGUUCUCGAGCGACGCGGCGACGCUCACGCCGCUGACCGGCUCUCUGAGCGACGUGCUGACCGCGAUCGACGGCGCGUCUGCGGCAGGCGGCGGCACGUCCGUGUCGGACGGCCUGGAGCUCGGGCGAGCCGAGGUGAACCGGGGCGCGCGCGCCGACGUGCCUCGCACGAUCGUGCUGCUGACGGACGGCGUGCAGACGGUGGACGGCAACGACGACACGGCCAUCGCGAAGGCGGCGGCGGUGAAGCAGGACGGCGUCUCGAUCGUCGCGGUCGGGUUUGGCGGCGCGAACGAGCAGACGAUGCGCGCGAUCGCGUCGGCGCCCAGCUCCGACUUCGCCUUCUUCGGCGCGUCGAUGGACGAGGUGCGGCAGCACUUUGCGUCGGACCGGCUCUGCGAGCUGGCCGCGUCCCCGAAGGCGCCGCCGCCGCCUCCGUCGACGCCCGCGCCGCCAGGGCUGCCGCCGUCGCCGCCGUCGCCGUCGCCCGCGCCGCCGUCUCCGCCGGCGUGCGAGGUCAAGCUCGAGCUGGUGCUUGUGUUGGACAAGAGCGGGUCGGUGCGGGCGGAGCAGUCGUCGCUGCUCGCCUUCGCGCGCGAGAUGGUGUCCCAGUUCCGCCUCGACGCGACCGAGGGCGCCCGAGUCGGCGUCGUCGAGUUCUCGAGCGACGCGGCGACGCUCACGCCGCUGACCGGCUCUCUGAGCGACGUGCUGACCGCGAUCGACGGCGCGUCUGCGGCGGGCGGCGGCACGUCCGUGUCGGACGGCCUGGAGCUCGGGCGAGCCGAGGUGAACCGGGGCGCGCGCGCCGACGUGCCUCGCACGAUCCUGCUGCUGACGGACGGCGUGCAGACGGUGGACGGCAACGACGACACGGCCAUCGCGAAGGCGGCGGUGGUGAAGCAGGACGGCGUCUCGAUCGUCGCGGUCGGGUUUGGCGGCGCGAACGAGCAGACGAUGCGCGCGAUCGCGUCGGCGCCCAGCUCCGACUUCGCCUUCUUCGGCGCGUCGAUGGACGAGGUGCGGCAGCACUUUGCGUCGGACCGGCUCUGCGAGCUGGCCGCGUCCCCGAAGGCGCCGCCGCCGCCUCCGUCGACGCCCGCGCCGCCAGGGCUGCCGCCGUCGCCGCCGUCGCCGUCGCCCGCGCCGCCGUCUCCGCCGGCGUGCGAGGUCAAGCUCGAGCUGGUGCUUGUGUUGGACAAGAGCGGGUCGGUGCGGGCGGAGCAGUCGUCGCUGCUCGCCUUCGCGCGCGAGAUGGUGUCCCAGUUCCGCCUCGACGCGACCGAGGGCGCCCGUGUCGGCAUCGUCGAGUUCUCGAGCGACGCGGCGACGCUCACGCCGCUGACCGGCUCUCUGAGCGACGUGCUGACCGCGAUCGACGGCGCGUCUGCGGCAGGGGGCGGCACGUCCGUGUCGGACGGCCUGGAGCUCGGGCGAGUCGAGGUGAACCAGGGCGCGCGCGCCGACGUGCCUCGCACGAUCCUGCUGCUGACGGACGGCGUGCAGACGGUGGACGGCAACGACGACACGGCCAUCGCGAAGGCGGCGGCGGUGAAGCAGGACGGCGUCUCGAUCGUCGCGGUCGGGUUUGGCGGCGCGAACGAGCAGACGAUGCGCGCGAUCGCGUCGGCGCCCAGCUCCGACUUCGCCUUCUUCGGCGCGUCGAUGGACGAGGUGCGGCAGCACUUUGCGUCGGACCGGCUCUGCGAGCUGGCCGCGUCCCCGAAGGCGCCGCCGCCGCCUCCGUCGACGCCCGCGCCGCCGGGGCUGCCGCCGUCGCCGCCGUCGCCGUCGCCCGCGCCGCCGUCUCCGCCGGCGUGCGUGGUCAAGCUCGAGCUGGUGCUUGUGCUGGACAAGAGCGGGUCGGUGCGGGCGGAGCAGUCGUCGCUGCUCGCCUUCGCGCGCGAGAUGGUGUCCCAGUUCCGCCUCGACGCGACCGAGGGCGCCCGAGUCGGCGUCGUCGAGUUCUCGAGCGACGCGGCGACGCUCACGCCGCUGACCGGCUCUCUGAGCGACGUGCUGACCGCGAUCGACGGCGCGUCUGCGGCGGGCGGCGGCACGUCCGUGUCGGACGGCCUCGAGCUCGGGCGAGCCGAGGUGAGCCGGGGCGCGCGCGCCGACGUGCCUCGCACGAUCCUGCUGCUGACGGACGGCGUGCAGACGGUGGACGGCAACGACGACACGGCCAUCGCGAAGGCGGCGGCGGUGAAGCAGGAGGGCGUCUCGAUCGUCGCGGUCGGGUUUGGCGGCGCGAACGAGCAGACGAUGCGCGCGAUCGCGUCGGCGCCCAGCUCCGACUUCGCCUUCUUCGGCGCGUCGAUGGACGAGGUGCGGCAGCACUUUGCGUCGGACCGGCUCUGCGAGCUGGCCGCGUCCCCGAAGGCGCCGCCGCCGCCUCCGUCGACGCCCGCGCCGCCGGGGCUGCCGCCCUCGCCGCCGUCGCCGUCGCCCGCGCCGCCGUCUCCGCCGGCGUGCGUGGUCAAGCUCGAGCUGGUGCUUGUGCUGGACAAGAGCGGGUCGGUGCGGGCGGAGCAGUCGUCGCUGCUCGCCUUCGCGCGCGAGAUGGUGUCCCAGUUCCGCCUCGACGCGACCGAGGGCGCCCGAGUCGGCGUCGUCGAGUUCUCGAGCGACGCGGCGACGCUCACGCCGCUGACCGGCUCUCUGAGCGACGUGCUGACCGCGAUCGACGGCGCGUCUGCGGCGGGCGGCGGCACGUCCGUGUCGGACGGCCUGGAGCUCGGGCGAGCCGAGGUGAACCGGGGCGCGCGCGCCGACGUGCCUCGCACGAUCCUGCUGCUGACGGACGGCGUGCAGACGGUGGACGGCAACGACGACACGGCCAUCGCGAAGGCGGCGGCGGUGAAGCAGGACGGCGUCUCGAUCGUCGCGGUCGGGUUUGGCGGCGCGAACGAGCAGACGAUGCGCGCGAUCGCGUCGGCGCCCAGCUCCGACUUCGCCUUCUUCGGCGCGUCGAUGGACGAGGUGCGGCAGCACUUUGCGUCGGACCGGCUCUGCGAGCUGGCCGCGUCCCCGAAGGCGCCGCCGCCGCCUCCGUCGACGCCCGCGCCGCCGGGGCUGCCGCCCUCGCCGCCGUCGCCGUCGCCCGCGCCGCCGUCUCCGCCGGCGUGCGAGGUCAAGCUCGAGCUGGUGCUUGUGCUGGACAAGAGCGGGUCGGUGCGGGCGGAGCAGUCGUCGCUGCUCGCCUUCGCGCGCGAGAUGGUGUCCCAGUUCCGCCUCGACGCGACCGAGGGCGCCCGAGUCGGCGUCGUCGAGUUCUCGAGCGACGCGGCGACGCUCACGCCGCUGACCGGCUCUCUGAGCGACGUGCUGACCGCGAUCGACGGCGCGUCUGCGGCGGGCGGCGGCACGUCCGUGUCGGACGGCCUCGAGCUCGGGCGAGCCGAGGUGAGCCGGGGCGCGCGCGCCGACGUGCCUCGCACGAUCCUGCUGCUGACGGACGGCGUGCAGACGGUGGACGGCAACGACGACACGGCCAUCGCGAAGGCGGCGGCGGUGAACCCGGACGGCGUCUCGAUCGUCGCGGUCGGGUUUGGCGGCGCGAACGAGCAGACGAUGCGCGCGAUCGCGUCGGCGCCCAGCUCCGACUUCGCCUUCUUCGGCGCGUCGAUGGACGAGGUGCGGCAGCACUUUGCGUCGGACCGGCUCUGCGAGCUGGCCGCGUCCCCGAAGGCGCCGCCGCCGCCUCCGUCGACGCCCGCGCCGCCAGGGCUGCCGCCCUCGCCGCCGUCGCCGUCGCCCGCGCCGCCGUCUUCGCCGGCGUGCGUGGUCAAGCUCGAGCUGGUGCUUGUGCUGGACAAGAGCGGGUCGGUGCGGGCGGAGCAGUCGUCGCUGCUCGCCUUCGCGCGCGAGAUGGUGUCCCAGUUCCGCCUCGACGCGACCGAGGGCGCCCGAGUCGGCGUCGUCGAGUUCUCGAGCGACGCGGCGACGCUCACGCCGCUGACCGGCUCUCUGAGCGACGUGCUGACCGCGAUCGACGGCGCGUCUGCGGCGGGCGGCGGCACGUCCGUGUCGGACGGCCUCGAGCUCGGGCGAGCCGAG